AAAUGAUAAGGUUGGAAUUAUAUUUCUUCAAGGAGUUUAUUUAUUAUAAGAAAUGAAUUAAAAGGUAAAUUCUGUAUCUUCCCAAUGUUGAGAAUGCCUCGAUCCCCCCUAGCGGACAAAUACGGAAACAUUAACUUACGAACUUUUUCUCCUCCAGUGCGGUGUAGCUUAGAAUUUGUUGAGGACAACUUACAACUUUUUUCAUCUGUAAAUAGCUUUCCCUUUUUUUUAAAUUAUGAUUAUGAAAUACAAUUCUUAAACACCUUGCUCAAAGUCUUUUUCAGUACAGGUGUUAAUUUAGUUAUCUACAACCAAAGAUCUGGAAGUGUAGACGGAUUGGAACGGAAACAAGGACUGCCGUAUGAAAUUGAGUGGCCAGUCAGUUUCACAUUUGAUCCAAGUUUUUCCAUGAAAACUCUGUUGGCUCUAAAGGCCUGUUUACAAGGUUCCAAGUUCUUGAAUUGGAGGAAUUUCUCUCUCCAAGAAAAUGGAUGUUUCGUCGACACUGUCCAAGUUCUUGAAUGUCAAUGAUGGGUCGGGAAAAAAAAACUAGCUCAUUGUUAAUAUUCAACAUUAUAAAAUCAUACUUUU